ACUUCUCUUCACACCAUUGACAGCAUCUUGGUCCACCCGCCCACAGCCGAGAGCCACUCCUCGUACCGAACAAGAACUUGGGGUGAGUGAGCCACACAAGAGAUCGCCAGAGUUUUCCUUUCUGGCAGCCCCUAACUUAGCACCGCCGCAAUGCUGCCCGAACGGAUCCGGAAGGCGCUGCUCUUCUCGCGGCUGGUGGUCUACGCCGGCCGCGUCUUCUUCUCGGUCCUCUGGCGCAGCGCGUCAGCCCAGAUCGCGUCGCUGACCGAGGGCACGCCCAACCCGCCGGCCGACCCGUCGGGCGUCAAGAACGUCGUGGUCGUGGGCGCGGCGUUCGCGGGCUACUUCGCGGCGCGCAUCCUGGCGCUGUCGCUGCCGCGCGACGGCCGCUACCGCGUCGUCGUCGUCGAGCCCAACACGCACUUCAACUUCACCUGGGUACUGCCGCGCUUCUGCGUCGUCGAGGGCCACGAGCACAAGGCCUUCAUCCCCUACUCGCCCGCCUUCUUCGGCAAGAAAGUCCCCGCGGGCAUGGUGCGCUGGGUCACGGACCGCGUCGUCUCUGUCGGGAGGGAGAGCGUCGAGCUGAGCGGCGGCGAGCGCAUCCCCUACGAGUUCCUGCUGAUCGCGACGGGGUCCGCUGUGACGGACGGCCUGCCGUCGCGCGUCGGCAACGAGCGCAAGGCGGCGGGCGUCGAGCUGCUCCGGGCCAUGCAGGCGCGCAUCAAGGCGGCGGGCCACAUUGUCGUGGCCGGCGGCGGCGCGGCCGGCGUCGAGGUUGCUACCGACGCCAAGCACCAGUACCCAGACAAGACGGUCACGCUGGUGCACUCGCGCCAGGCUGUCAUGCACCGCUUCGGCCCGGGGCUGCAGACGGGCGCCAUGGAGGCGCUCGAGCGGCUGGGCGUGCGUGUCGUUCUGGGCGAAAAGGUCGUCGCCGACAGCGUGGACGGCAAGUACAUCACGCUGGUUUCGGGGACGAAGAUCGAGUGCGACUGCUUUAUAAACUGCACGGGGCAGAAGCCGGCAUCGGGGCUGAUUGCGGACCUGGCACCGAGCAGCAUCGCAGCGUCGGGCCACAUCAAGGUUAGGCCGACGCUGCAGAUCGCCGACGAGUCGCUGCCCAACGUGUACGUGUGCGGCGACGUGGCCGACACGCACGACAUGAACCCCAACUCGCGCAUCGCCGCGCGCCAGGCCGAGAUCGCCGCCGACAACAUCGUGCGCGCCGCCCGCGGCAAGGCCCCGACCCUCGAGUACAAGCCCCGCUGGGGCGACGGCGUGAUCAAGCUAACGCUGGGCCUGGACCGCUCCAUGACGCACUUCUGGGACGGCUCGUCCGAGCUGCUGUUCCGCGGCAAGGAGACGGACCCGGCGCUCAUGUGCGGCGGCGCCUGGUCGGCCCUAGGGGUUAAGCCGUUUGACGACACGGGCGUCUACUCGGCGUCGGCCUGAUUAACUACCAGCCUGCCAGCCAGCCAGCCAGCCAGCCAGCCUGCCUACCUGCCUACCUGCCUACCUGCCAGCCUGCCAGCCUGCUUGCCUGCCUGCCAGGAACUAAUCAGCUGGCCAUUCUAGUAGAAAAGGCCGCGGCCAGUACUUUACG